GGGCGUGGCCGCUCCUGCGCGGUGCAUUCCCCUCUGGGUGCCCCUGGCCCGGAGCUUGGCCCACCGUGGUCGUCGUGGGUGUGCUGGGUUCAGGCGCGCGGUCCCGGGGUGCACGUCGCUCCCCACUACCCCCGGGUUUCCCGCUACCCGUGCCCUGUGCACAGCCGGAUCCUGCCCCGCCCCCUCUGCGCUUCUCUAUUGCUGGCGGGUACCCGGAAACUUAGCUCCCAGGAACACAGGCCAGGUGGUUGCCACCCCAGCAGGUCGGAGCGGCCACCAUGGGGUGGGGAGGGGACGCUGGCUGCACCCCGCGCCCGCCGAUCCGCCCGCAGCCCGCGUCCGAGCGCCGUGUGCUCACCGUGGUCUUCUUCGGCCUCCUGCUCGACCUCCUGGCCUUCACGCUGCUGCUGCCGCUGCUGCCCCAGCUACUGGAGAGCCAUGGCCGGGCGCGGGACCCAGUCUACAGCUCCUGGCAGCACGGAGUGAACUGGUUUGCGACAACCAUUGGGAUGCCAGCUGAGAAGAGGUACAACAGUGUCCUGUUUGGAGGUAGGCAUGCCAGUCUCAUUGGUUCAGCCUUCUCCCUCCUGCAGUUCAUCUCGGCACCACUCACAGGAGCUGCCUCUGAUUGCCUGGGGAGGCGCCCAGUGAUGCUACUGUCCCUGAUGGGUCUGGCCACUUCCUAUGCAGUGUGGGCCCUCUCCCGGAGCUUCGCAGCCUUCUUGGCCUCCAGAGUGAUUGGAGGCAUCAGCAAGGGGAAUGUUAGCCUCUCCACAGCCAUCGUGGCAGACCUGGGCUCCCCCGCAGCCCGAAACCAAGGCAUGGCAGUCAUUGGAGUGGCCUUUUCCCUGGCCUUCACGCUGGGCCCCAUGCUUGGGGCCGUCCUGUCUGUUGAACUGGCACCCUGGUUCAGCUUGCUGUUUGCCAUCUCCGACAUGCUGUUCAUGUUCUGCUUCUUGCCAGAGACGCUGCCCCGGGAGAAACGGGCUUCCUCUGUUGCCCUGGGCUUCUGUGCUGCUGCCAACCUGCUCAGUCCCGUGGCCCUGCUUCGCUUUGCUGCAGUUGCUCAGAGUCAGGACCCACCUGCUGGGGACAGGCUGAACAGCCUGCGCCGUCUCGGCCUAGUCUAUUUCCUCUACCUCUUCCUGUUCUCGGGCCUGGAGUACACACUCAGCUUCCUUACACACCAGCGCUUCCAGUUCAGCAGCCUGCAGCAGGGCAAGAUGUUUUUCUUCAUCGGCCUCACCAUGGCCACCGUACAGGGCACCUACGCCCGCCGGAUCAGCCCUGGCAAGGAAGUUGCAGCUGUAAAGCGGGCAAUGCUGCUGCUGGUGCCGGCCUUCCUCCUCCUCGGCUGGGGGCACUCGCUGCCAGUCCUGGGCCUGGGGCUGCUGCUCUACUCCUUCGCCGCUGCUGUUGUGGUGCCCUGCCUGUCCUCUGUGGUCGCCAGCUAUGGUUCACCAGGGCAGAAGGGCACAGUCAUGGGCACACUGCGGAGCCUGGGCGCCCUAGGAAGGGCAGUGGGGCCCAUGGUGGCCGCCUCAGUGUACUGGCUGGCUGGAGCCCAGGUUUGCUUCACCAUGUGCUCCGGGCUCUUCCUGAUCCCCUACCUCCUCCUGCGGAAGCUGAGGCACUCAGCACAGACUUCCAAGGCUGAGUAGCCAUACCCAUGCCCAGAUGCCCAGGCUGCAAGUGGGAACCUGGGCCAAGACCAUUCCCCACUGAGGUCCACUCCUUCCUCUACACCCUGGGAGACUUGCCAUGCCCCUCCUCUCCAGGUGUGGCAGCUUCUCACCCUCUCUGGUGUCCCAGGCCCUACAGGGUGUGGCCCCAGAGCCUUUGAGAGCCAUUGUUUUUUAGCAGUCAUCCUUUAGAAUGACAAUAAAGUAACCCUUUCACAUA